AUGGGAUUCAUAUUCGCAACACUAAUCCAACCGAGAAGAGCCCGACAAUUAUUUCCAUGUUUGGACGAGCCGAAAUUAAGUGCCACCUUCAACAUUUCAGUGGAACAUGAUAUAAAAUACAAAGUUAUAUCUAAUAUGCCGAUACAAGAAUACAAAUCUGUGGACAAUUACACGAUGUGUACAGUGUUUCAGAUGACACCUCCAAUGUCUACGAACGACAUUGCAAUUCUAAUAUCCAAUCAGAUUCUUAAUAAGACUGAUACUAUGGUCGACACAUGGUGUAGACCGCAUUUGAUACUUCACAUGAUACACGUGCAUUAUUUCGCUGGAAAUGUAACUGAGUAUCUAAAAGACAAUUUCAAGAUCUUGAGAAAAGUUCCAAAAGUGAAUUACGUCUCUAUUCCAAGUUUAGAGAACAGAAUCAGGCAGACUUGGGGACUCGUUUUAUACAAUGAACUAGACAUUAUCUAUAACGAAGAAUUACAUUCUGCUGCAUAUAAAACUAUAGUAACGCGCUCAGUAGUUCGUGAUAUAAUACACCAAUGGAUUGGUAAUCUCUUCAGUUCAUUUUGUGAUCGUCGAUCUUAUCGUUUAUUGAACGAAGGAUUUAUUACAUUUUUCGAGAUAGAUGUCAUCGAAAAGGCCUUUCCAGAUCCUCGAAUAAAAGAUUUGUUGAUAGUCCAAACUCAACAUGAAGCUCUCCAACUAAACUAUUAUUUUGCUAUGAACUCUUUUGCAAGAAACACAAUCAGUAUAUCCAAAAUUUAUUCACAUUUUCCUUUUUCUCGUAUUAUAGGUGCCGCUAUAUGGCGCAUGUUGAAUGGUGUACUUCCGCAUAAUACGUUGUUUAUGGCUUUAAACGCGUACUUCAACAUUCGGAUAUAUAUAUAUAUACCAACUCCCGAUGAUCUACGUAUAUGGAGUUUUAUACAGACUGGGAUAGACCAUAAAUUAACAAAUAAACUGUAUAAUUUAAACAUAAAACAGAUAAUGGAUAUUUGGACUAUGCAAACGCAUUGUCCUGUGGUAAACGUGAUACGAGAUUAUUCUAAUAAUCUUGUGAAAAUAUCGAAAGAGAUUCACGACAAAUUGGAUCGGAAACCAUAUUUUAUACCUGUGAGCUACACUAAAGAAACGAACAUCAAUUUUGUCAAUACAUCGCAAAGUUUUAAUUGUUUAACGCAGUCGAAUCCGGAGGUGGAAAUCUACUAUGAUAAUAAAGAUAAAUGGUUCAUUGCCAACAUAUUGCAAACUGGAUAUUAUCGCGUCAAUUAUGACACUGAAAACUGGCGAAUGAUUGCGCGUUAUCUAAAUUUUGAAGAAUACAGAAAUAUACACGUUAUAAAUCGAGCGCAAAUCAUCGAUGAUGCGUUCCAUCUUAUGAUAGAGAAGAAACUUGAUUUCUCCAUAUUCUGGGAAGUCGCGAGCUAUUUAUCGCGGGAAAGGAAUUAUGUAGCAUGGUAUCCUAUGAUUAAAGUUUUUGAACGCAUAUCUAGUGUGUUUGCAUUUUCAACUCAUCAUGAACAUCUCAAGAAAAUAGAAAUGAUAAUAGGAACCUUGUUUGAAGAUAUAGACGAGGAUAUGUACGAUCAAAUGGAACCCGCCAAUGGAGAUCUUAAUAAAUAUUUAAAACAAGAACUCACAAAAUGGGGAUGUCUUAUCAAUAAUGUUUUGUGCUUGAAGAUGGCCAAUAAACAAUUUGAAUGGCAUCUAUCAGAUCCUAAAACUAAAAAACUUUUACCUGGGUGGGAGAAAUUGAUAUCUUGUAAUAGUUUAAAGACUGUAAACUAUCAGAAAUGGUUCAGUGUAUGGAUCUUGAAUAUAUAUGAAAAGAAAUUUGAUUAUGAAAUGUUGAAAUAUCUUAGUUGCUCUGGUGAUCCGCAAAUUAUACUUACUUAUCUGAAGUUUAAUUUACCGACACUUGAGAUGCUGGUAAUCAACUAUAAAAAUAUGGAUUUUGAAACAAUAAGACAAGAAAAAGAACGUAUUCAUGCUUUAACUGGUGAUAUUUUCUUUUCUACUCUCGCCAUGCAUGCUAAGAAUCCUAUAAUACUUAAAGAUAUAUUGGAGAAUUUUGAAAUAAUAAAAAAUAGACUAAUAAUAUCAGAUAAUAACAGCAACAUCAGUACGAUUGCAACAUUAAUUGUCAUUAUUAAUAAUGUGUAUUCCAAGAAUGAACUUGACAUGAUAAAUAAAUUUGCGAAAAAUAUGACGCAGUUAGUUUCGGAUAUUGAACGCAAGAUAACAACGCGUUUGCUUGAGAUCGAGAGUCAGAUUAAAUAUUAUCAAACUAUAUUCCCCCAAUCGUCCUUAAUUACGAUAGAUUCAAUUACAAUACGGCGAAUUACAACACGUCUAAGUACAACGUUUUUAACUACAAUGCGUCCGACUACAACGCGUUCAACUACAACGCAUCCAACUACAACACGUCCAACUACAACACGUUCAACUACAACACGUCCAAUUACAACUGCAAACAAAUAUCGGGAUGAUAUUCUUAAAAAAUUGAUAAGCUAUAUCUAUAUUCGACCGUGAACGCAAGUUGAGAAUAUGUUAAUCUGACAAUAAAUUCAACAGUCAGAUGAAAUUUCUUUAAAGUUUAUUCAAAGAUAUCAACAUCAGCUUGUCCAUUAAUUGCAAAAGGUUCAACUACUCUCAACUACAACAGGUUCCCAACAACAACUAAAACUGUAGAGUACUCAUCAUUUGGUAAAGCCAAUAUCCAUUGUCGUCAUAAUAUCUAAUGAUAUAAACAUUUGGAAUAUCUUUUGAUAUGUGUAUUAUCUAAUUAUUUAUUAUUUAUAUAUAUAUAUAUAUUGUCCUCAAUUACUUUUUGAAUUGUUCCUAAUUAUAUCGUGAAUAUUUUUAAUGUUAAGUUGAUUUUUAUAUAUAUAUAAUUUAGUUUUAAUAUUUAUAUAAAAAUGGAUUACAUUUACGUAAUGUUUAUUAUGCAUACAUACACAUAUAUAUACAUAUAUACAAAUAUAUACAAAAGUAUAUAUGUAAUA